AUGCCGCCGAAGUAUACAAUGUCCGACUCUGAGUCUGAAGCUGAGGGUGAGGUGCCCAGCGCUCCAUCUGACCAGGCUCUUGAGAAAGGCCUUCGCGACCAAGUGGCUGCAGUCUUCAAGUCGGGCAAUAUGGAGGAAUUGACCGUCAAGCGCGUGCGACUUGCCACAGAAGAUACACUAGGUCUCACAGCGGGGUACUUUAAGUCUACAGGUGACUGGAAAGCGCGGAGUGAGAAAAUAAUCAAGGACGAAGUGGAUACACAAGAUCAGGAGACACAAAAUCCACAAUCCCAAGCGACCAAAAAGUCCCCCUCUCCCCCGAAGCCAAAGCCCACUGCCCUUGCGAAGCGAGCAAAACCCGAGACUGCGCCGAAGCCUAGGAAGCGCCAGAAGACUAGGACGCCGGUAUCCGAUGAGGAGGAUGAGCUAUCAGUCCCGGCAUCUGACGAGAGUGACGAGGUCACAAAGCCGAAGAGUCGAUCGAAAGCGCCAAUAAAAAAGUCACCAGUGAAAAAGGUCUCCGCACGGAAACCCGAGAAAGAUAUAUCGGACGCCUCUGAUUUCUCCGGUGAUGAGAGCGACAAUGAUGAUGUCCCAAAGCCCAACAAACGAUCGAAAGGGUCAGUGAAGAAGUCGCCAGCGAAGAAGCCCUCCGUAUCAAAACCCACAAAUGAUGCGUCGGACGCUUCCGAUGCCCCCGAUGACACUUUAGAUGUUGCCAAAAAGACCGGAGAUACCAAGGAUGAUUCCGAAAGCGAGAUGUCGGUGGUGCUUGAUGAAGAGCCUCAGCCCAAGGCCCCACGCAAGCGACAGAAAAAUGCUGCGGGAACUGCGACCAAGACGAAGAAAGCUCCCAAAGCCAAGGAUGAAGAUAUUAGCCCGGACCAGGCUGAAAUCAAACGACUGCAAGGAUGGCUCAUCAAAUGCGGCAUCCGUAAGCUGUGGGGUAAAGAGCUGGCACCGUAUGACACAUCCAAAGCUAAAAUCAAGCAUCUCAAGGGAAUGUUGGAGGAUGCUGGAAUGACUGGUCGGCCAUCUCAAGAGAAGGCGAACCAGAUUCGCGAAGAACGGGAGCUGAAGGCGGACCUAGAACAGAUCCAACAAGGUGCAAAACAAUGGGGUGCCAAGAGUGACGAGGAGAAUGAUGAGGAUGCGAAGCCUCGCCGUAGGGUGUCUCGGGGGCGACAGUCACUUGCGUUCCUAGAGAGUGAAGGCGAAGAGACUGAUUGA